AUGAUUUUAGAAUUUAUGGUUACAAUAGUUGUCAUUCACAAUGGUAAUAUAGGAUGCGCAAUUUUGGGUCUCCUUUCAAAUAUGUCGGUUGAUCUAUAUUUGCAAAUAUUUCUCAUAGAGACAAGUGAUCGUCGUCAUUGA